AUGCUCCACAUCGAGAAAGGCUCCCCCUGGACAGCCAGGUUACCCUUCGACAUCGAAAAUUGGAUUGAACUUGGCCUCGGAAUCAUCGUGAUUCUGCUUCGACUGUACGCGCGAGCCAAGGUGGUGGGCAUCAAGAAAAGGCAACCCGACGAUUACAUUACUGUCCUGGUUUUCUUUCUCUGGGCUGUGGAGGUGCUCAUGUUUAAAUUUGUUGUCCGCUUUGGGGCCAAUACCGGACUCAACGACGAGCAGAGAGCCUCAAUCAGCGUGGCAGAAAUGCGCGAGCGGGUGUUUGGAACCCAGUGCCUUCUGGCCGGCUGGCUUCUCUACGUGUCUCUUCUCUGGGCGCUCAAGGCCUGCAUGUUGUUUUUCUAUAACCGCCUGACCAUAGGCCUUCCCCAGCAGAGAUUCGUCAAGUUCGCCGCGUGCUUCUGCUUUGUAACCUACCUCGCUGCAAUCCUGACCAUCCUUCUGCACUGCACCCCGCUGGAAAAAUUAUGGCAGAUUUCUCCUAAUCCUGGCCGGUAUUGCACCCAAGCCACGGCGAAUUACAUUGUCGUUGCCGUAACCAAUGUCUCGACGGAUGCCACCUUGCUCCUCAUCCCGCUACCCCUACUGAUCCGAGUGCGACUCCCCACGCGACGCAAGGUGGCAAUUGGCUUGUUGCUCAGCGGAGGUAUAUUCGUGAUGAUGGCCGCUCUAUUGCGUUGCUUUAUUUCCCUCGAGAGCAUCGAAUCCGUCAAUGCGAGCAACGUGUGGGGAGUGCGCGAGACGUUCGCUGCCGUUGUCGCCGUCAACGCGCCCUGUAUCAAACCACUGUUCAGCACGCGUGCCUCGAAUGAGGAAUCCGCGAGGGAUCCGUCGCGCGGGAAAGGUGGAGCCGGAAGCCACAGUCUGACCGUGUUUGGCCAGGCAACGCCGGGAGUGAGCCGGAAACGAUCCGAGGCCGAACUGAUCGUCGAGGAUAGCCAAUCUCAGAUUGUGAGUGAUAUUCGGGGAGGGCUGGACCGGGUGGUGGACGAGGAGGCGGGACGAGGCAUGACGGGGAUCCAGGUGACGACCGUGUAUGAGGUGAAGCGCGACCCGCGCAGGGGCAAUACAGAAUGA